AUGCCAAAGAAAGCCAACAUGCAUGAGAGAAUAAAUGGUCUCCUUAAUAUCAAAGAUUCAAAGUCACAACAAAAAGCAAUGUCUCUCGUUAAUCAAAUAGUUGGCGAAGGAGCAGUGGCGGAUUUAUGUGUGUGGAAAAACAAGAUAAAAUCAGGCAUCACACUUGUAAUGGCCACACUUAUUUGGAGACCUCUCACUCCCCAAGAAAUUAGACAAGAAGAUUCCCCCGUUAGAGCCUUAUUUUCAAAGAUCGAAAGCCUUCUCUUGAUGCUUUACGAGAUUGCAUACGGGGAAGACAUCAAAACCUUUCUCUCGGCCAUCCUUUAUGUGGCCAUCGUAGACACUGUUGGGAGCUACAUCAACCUCCUUACAAUUUUGUAUAUAUGCUUAGUCUGCGCAAUGACGAUUCCAGUUUUGUACCUGCAAUUUCAAGAGGUUAUUGACAAUUUCAUUAGGGAGGUAUCAGAAGAGAAGAACAAGUUACUUGAAGUACUCAAAUCUAAUGUUCUCAAUAAAAUUCCCAGGGCCACCAAGGAGGAAUAGUACAAGGUCAAUGGAGUUUACCCAAAGCAAGCCACAUAUUCUUUUUAUAUCUUCUCUCUGUGUCACUAACUGCUGGUUUAUGUAGUAGUAAGUAGUGAAAUUGGUAAUGUUUGAUAUUGCAAGUCUAGCAAUAAACUACUCAACAGUCUUAUGGGUAUGUUUGUGGUUGUAUAUUCGAUUAAGAUGUAGCUUCCAUAAAAAAGACUUGAGUUUUGCUGAUUUAUGUUGCCAAUUGCCAUUGUGCUGAAAUAAUGAUUUGGUUUUGAAUAAGUGACAUGUCAUCAUUUUAUAGGUUUCCACAAUGAUAUGUCAUACUUUUAGAACCUUUAUAUUAUGUUUCGAAUAGUUUUUAGAGUCUUUACAUGUUUAGGUACACUUUGGACGAAUUUGGAGAUUAUGGAGUAAAUUGGAGCUUAAAGAGAGGUGAAGCCGAAAAGAUCAACUUGGUGUUGAACUAUGAAGAUGGUGUAGAUUUUUACCAGCCUUGGUGUCGAUCAACACCCAUGUGUAGCAAACCGACAUGAUUUAUCAAUUUUCAAGAAUUACAAAAAGGCCCAGAAGUUUUCAGUAUUACAGAAGAAUCCAUGAACGUGUUUUACCUAUAUUAACUUAUCUUAAACCAUUUUUUAGGAUACACUUUAAUUAUCUUAGAGAUAUUUUGUAGAGACAAGUCAAACCCCAUUCAAAUAUUGAUUUCGAACUUCUAUAUCUCUUACAAGUAUCUUAAUGCAAUUUAUUUAGGGUUUUCAAAGGAUUUAUAAAUUGCUAGAAUUAAUUGAUAGGGUUAUUUUAUAUUCUUCAUCUUGAUUGUUCUUAGUGCUAGAUCUGGAUUGACAACCUAAAAUCUAGAUCAUAGGAUAAUUGAUAGAUGCGAAAGCA